CAGUCGUUUCAAGGAGAGAGAGAAAAGGAAGAAAGUGUGGUGUUUAGCGCCGGUGGUAUCCACAGCCAUGAGGAUCGUUCGCAGAGACAUCGUUCCUAAUGGACCUGGUAGCGUUAAGAUGGUGGCGGUGGAUUCCGAUGAUCUGUGGUUUGCGUAUAACUUGAUUGCUCCCGGAGACUCUGUCAUGGCCGUUACUGUUAGGAAGGUUGUUAGAGAGGCCGCUCAUGGCGGUCGAGAUGCAGAGCGCGUUAAGCUCAAACUGGAAAUUAAAGUCGAAGAGGUUGCUGAUUAUGACAAAGAAGGUUCUAUUCUCCGUGUUCGUGGAAAGAACAUUUUAGAGAAUGAACAUGUCAAGGUAGUGAACUGCGACUGUCAUCCAGAUUUCUUCUCCAAAUUAAAAUCCAUGCCAUAUUUUGUAGCCGGUGCAAGUGCUGAUCUAGCAGUGGUGUUGAUGCAGGAAGGAUUAGCUCAUAUCCUCCUUGUUGGUAGAAGUAUGACUGUUACUCGAUCACGGAUAGAAACAUCUAUUCCACGCAAGCCAUGGGCCUGAAUUGCUGGUUAUGAGAAAGCUUUGGAUAAGUUCCUUCGGAAUGUUCUGUUUAGGCUUCUUGAACAUAUCGAUUUCAACGUGGUUCGCUGUGCUGCAAUGAUUUCCGACAGGUUUUGAAAUUCUGUUUCUGUUUCGGAUCAGUUUCAUCGUCACUUAUUUUUGGAGGCAGAACGAAGACAGUUGCGACCUAUUAUUGAAAACAAAUCCACGCAUCAUUCUUGUGCAUACAACUUCAGAUACAAGCAUAGUUUAAGGGAGGUUUUGGAUGCUCCAAAUGUCAUGAAUUUGAUAAAAGAUACUAAAGCAGCACAAGAGGUACCAUCAAAGCCCGUAUCUUUUACUUUUCCUCUUU